UGUAAUGACUGAUUUUGAAAAGGCUGCCAUAAAUGCCUUUAAAAAUUCCUUUCCGAAUAUCAUUCAGAGAGGAUGUUUUUUUCAUUUAAGUCAGUGUGUGUAUAGAAAGAUUCAGUCUGCAGGUUUGCAAAGUAAAUAUGAAACUGAUCCGAAUUUCGUUUUGGAAAUCUCUCAACUUGCAGCUUUGGCUUUCGUUCCUACUUCAGAUGUCAUUGAAGCAUUUGAACAAUUAAUAUCAUCUACUUAUUUUGUAAAUAAUAUGAACAUCAUUCAGCCAAUCAUAAAUUAUUUUGAAGACACAUGGAUUGGUAGAUUUACUCGUCGUGGACAACGUCGCAGACCAGUGUUUGACAUCCCUCUUUGGAACUGUUAUGAUGCUGUAAAAGAUAAAGUUCCAAGGACAAAUAAUGCGGUUGAAGGAUGGCAUCGCAGAUUCAACGAACUUAUGAACGGAUGCCAUCCAACAAUCUGGAAAUUUAUUGAUUGCUUAAAAAAGGAACAAAAUUUAAAUUCUAUAAAAAUUGAACAAUACAUUGCAGGUCACCAUCCACCAGUAAGUAGAAAAGUUUACAGAGAUACAUCUCUCAGAAUUCAAAAGAUUGUAAAUGAUUAUAAUGAUCGGCCUAUUUUAGACUAUUUAAGGGGAAUAGCCUACAAUUUUCAACUGCAGGUGUAAAUUUUUUAUACAUUAAUUAAUGAGGAUGUUUAAUGUCUGAUAUAAUUAUACAUGUUUUUAUUACUACAGCUUUAACAUGAGUCGUAAUUACAUUAUAUUUUCUGAAAAAUAUUAGGCGAA